CUCAGUAGCUGGCAUGCGCUCCACAGAGUAGAAGUUUUUAAACAAGUCUGUAGUCCUGCUGCGCGUGCUCUCCUGUAUACUUCUUUAACACACUUCUAGUUAAAAUGUUUUUCAUUCACACUCGCGACCUAAGCCUCGACUGAACCCGCCAUGUAGCGUACGUGCUCGCGCUGAACGGAACUCUGUGGGACUUGUUAUAAGGGAUCUUGCGGUUCGCGCUGCUCUGAGGUCUGCUGUGCGGGACUCAGGGAGCGCCGGGGCGGACAGGCCAUUAUGCUCUGGCCGGGGGCUGCUCUCUGGAUCACGGCUGUGCUACUGUGCCGGGCGGGGGCACAGUACUCCAGCGACCAGUGCAGCUGGCGAGGAAGUGGUUUGAGCCACGAGUCUCACCGCAGGGAUGUGGAGCAGGUCUACCUGCGCUGCUCUCAGGGCUCUCUGGAGUGGCUCUACCCCACAGGAGCCAUCAUUAUCAACCUGCGGCCAAACACAGAGCCCUCAUCGGGACACAUGGCAGGUCUCCAUGUGUGCAUCAAACCCCACCCUCACUCCCAGGGCUCUCAUGUGUAUCUGGAGAAUAACGGGGAUCUGAGGAUGCUGCUGGCAGAGAAGGACCAGGCUCAGGACACAGUGACCUGCUUCAGCCUGGCAGAGGGGGCUCUCUUUGUGGAGUCCGUCCCCCAGGCAGACAUCAGCCGGAGGAUUACGGCUUUCCAAUAUGAGCUGGUGCCCAGUCAGGGUCCCGGGGCACACAUGUACCCGUACCUGCACCCUGGUUUAGUUCCCUGUAAGCCCUGUUCAGAUGAAGAGGUCCUUAUGGCAGUGUGUACGAGUGACUUUGCUGGCAGUGGCAUCUUUCGAGGCGUGGGAUCAGGUACUAAAAACCACUCUCCUUCUGCGGUGACUCUGAGUCGGCUGUUCCGCCAGAAGAGCAAGGUGUUUGUUCGGGGCAGAGCCAGGAAGCGGGGCUGGGGUGGACGCAUCAAUGUCCCCGCACAGUGCAUUGGGCACCCUGGAGGGGACGAGUACCUUUUGACUGGCUCCGUUCAUUUUGGCGAAGCCUGGCUUGGCUGCGCACCUCGCUACAAGGACUUCCUGAGGCUGUACGUCAGGGCACAGAGAGCGGGAACAAACCCCUGUGAAAUAGACACAAACUGAGACAAAAUCUGUUCUUGGUCCUGGCUGAAACAGUGUGCAUCUCAAAAGAGUCAAUGAGGAAGACGCAAAGAGGAACAGGCUUGAGAUUUUGAGGAUGUAGAGACAGUAUGAGCAUGAGUUUGAGCGGUGAUACACAGAAGUACGAAUGCCCUGCCAUCUUAAAAGCUAAGUCUGCAGACUAAAUGCAGCUUUGCUUCAGAAAAGACAAUUGGACAGUUUGAACAUUUUCGUAGCCACCGUGCUGCAGGAACCAAACUGUUCCAUUUGACUGUUUUUUAUUCUCCUGACGACGAUACUGCUUGUGUGAUCCUUCUUGAAAUGUUUGUUUGCUUUGUAAAAAGCUUUCUGUAAAAUUUAGGAAUCUUCUGACAGAAGUGUACAGUAUGCAGCUCUGUGAGUCUUUAAGUGUGUGCGUGUGUGUUUUGCUAAUGAAUUCAAAGGGUUUCUAUAUAUUUACAAAAAAUAAAAAGCCGUUGAAAGAUGUAA